AUUGCGGUACCCUUAUCAUUGACAUUGCCUCGUCGUCAUCAGCUCGCCUUGCAACAUCCUGAAGUAUCGGAACUGCGUGAAGAAGAACAUCGUCAUCUCGAUCCUCUAUCACCCGAAGACGCAAAGAAUUACCUUCAAAAAUAUGGUCAUAUCGCUCCGAGCAAUGUGCUUGGAGCGAAUGUGCUUGGUCGCUCCCGAGCAGAAAAUCGUGAAGACCUCAGAGAGGUUCUCCGCAAAGGAAUAAUGAGUUUUCAAAGUUUCGCUGGCUUGCCACAGACUGGUGAAAUUGAUGAGGAAACGGCUACGAAAAUGACUUAUCCGAGAUGUGGUGUGGCUGAUGUUUUAUCGUUUAGAGUCGCUGAAGCUAUUCGUAAAGCAUUCAAAGUGUGGUCUGCUGUCACACCGCUAACCUUUAAAGAAGUACCUCAAGGGGGUAACAUUAAGAUCAAAUUUGCGAAUCAUUCACAUGGCGAUCCAUGGCCAUUCGAUGGACACGGUUUCUGUUGUUGUUGUUGUGGCGUUCUCGCACACGCAACAAUGCCCACAAAUGGACUGUUGCAUUUUGAUGAAGAUGAGAACUGGGUUUAUAUGGAUCCGGAAAAACUCUAUUACGGUUACGAUAUGACUGUGGGACGCAAGAACGUGAAUGCGUUUGCUUAUUGCAGAAAUCAGUUCACGGAUAUACUGACUGUUGCGGUUCAUGAAAUUGGACACACGCUUGGAUUGGAUCAUUCGCGUAAUCAACGCUCUGUUAUGGCACCGUUUUAUCAGAGUGCAAUCGAUGAGUACGGUAAUUACGUCGUGCCGAAACUGGAUUCCGAAGACAUCGAGAAAAUUCAGGAUAUUUACGGUAGUAUUCUCAUUUAA